UUAUUAUUAUUAUUCAUGACUUGUAUUCUAAUGGAAUAGGAAUAGAUAUAGCUAAAACAAUUUGGAGGUAUUUAUUAUGUCAAUAAUAAGCAACACUGUGGACAUAGUUAAUUUCUUUUUUCAUUUUAAGGUGCUGUAUUUCAUCAGCUGUGUUGCAUUUUUAUAAUUGUUGUACUGUUGUCACUGGCAGAUUAGCUAGAGCAAUUCAUAAAAGAUUGGUAAUUAAGAGAAACCAGCAAACCUUUUUAGUGGUAUUAAAUACCAAUGUAUGCGUUUGUUUCAAAAUAAGAGCAUCUGCCAAAUAAAUUAAAAAUCCUCCUGUCCCCAUCCCACCCCAUCCCAACACUGACAACCCUUCAACAACAGCAGCAGCUUCUCACCUCAGUACCUUCAAGAAUCUCAAGAAUCUCAAGCUAAUCAGCUACAAAACUAAUACAGUUGUGUGCAUGCUCAGUGCAAGGGUCCAUUCUAAAGUCCCCAGUUCACCCUAAACCCUAACCCAUCAACCCACCCCCCACCCCCAAAGGAAGAUGCAGCUGGAGGGGAGAGAGAUGUUUUUGAAAAGGAAGCCCAGUCUGCUGCCUGUCACUCAACCCACGCUGUCCCGCCAGCAUCCUCAUCAGUCUCAGCACUGAGAGCACAGCCACAAAACUGCUGUGGGAAAUACAUACAUAUUGAUAUCUAUCUGUCCUGAAUCGUUUUUCAAAUGUAAAUGUUAACAAACAAAGGCAUCGCUACAUACUGGAGCAGCAGGACAGUGUUGCUACAGAGCUCACGAAGAGUACGCGUGGCUCCCUGGUACGAAUGCACACAGGAAGCUUCAUGUGCCCAGGGGAGCGACAGAUUGCUCAAGCACACACACUGAGGGAUGGAAUUUGCCUGCAGUCAUGUUGUGUGCAAUUGGAAGCCUAAACCCCAGGCUAGAUUGUCUGAACAAGGCGAAUGUGCCACAGUUUCAUUUUUGGAUGUGCCAGGAGUGGGGAGAAGGAGCCUUCAAUGCCAGCCUACAGAAAGGCUCUUCUCCAGAGCUUCUCGUGAUUAUGAUAACCGGAUCGCUGUGAUUCCUAAGGGACCGGACAGGCCACUCUGUGGUGCAGCGGAGAGUCUCCUUCCCCCGCCGAUUCCCCCUCGACAGAAAAGCCGGUUGGAGCGGUCGUGGAGCCCGCACCCUGCCCCCACGCCCUCACACCCCAGGAUCCCUCCUCCCCUGCCCCCACGCACCUCCCAGCGUCGCACCGGGUGUUUGAAUGUGGAUGUGAACGUGGUUUCUGUCAAUGUAGGAAGACUGGUGGAUCUGAAAAACAUUGCGGUGCCUGUAGGAUCCAGCCCCUCUCUUCAAUGUCGGAGGUGUUCAGCAGCUGUGUCUCAACUAAGUAACAUUGACCAUAACCAAGGAGGCAGUGACUGGAGUUGUGAAUUCUGCAGCCAGCACAACCGGUUUGACAGCAGCAGCAGCGCGUCCUUGAUGCCCAGCCAUGACGUGCUGUACCUGCACGAGGACGCAGACGGAGACUACGUCAACCUGGAGGAUCUGCUGGUGGUGUUCUGUGUGGAUAUCUCAGGCAGCAUGUGCGUUACUGCAGAGGUGGAAAUUUCGAAUGCAAUAAACAAACCGGUCCAUGUGUCAAGACUUCAGAGUAUCCAGGAUGCCAUUCAGAGAUCUCUAAACUUCCUGCUGCAGACCUGCCCCCGGGGGCGUGUUGCACUCGUCACCUUCAAUGAUGAGGUCACUGUGUAUGGAGAUGGGACGGGCAUCCCUCUGAUGCUGAAGGAGUGGGAGCUCAUGGAUUUCGAUUUCCUCAUGUCACAGGGCCAGCAGUUCACUUGUCCUCGCUGUGUUGAAGAGAGCAUCGAUACGCUGCGAUGCAGAGUCCAGGAGAUGCGUGAACAUGGCUCCACCGCGCUGGGGCCAGCCGCUCUGGUAUCCAUAGCGAUGGCGUCCAGGUACUCCGGGUCAAAGGUGAUAAUCUGCACCGAUGGACUAGCUAAUACUGGACUAGGAUAUAUAGAUGAUGCCUGUCAAAGCUCUUCUUAUUUCUACAGGAACCUGGCUAACGAGGCUGCUGAGAAAGGGGUGAUUGUCUCUGUGCUGACGUUUGAAGGCACAGACUGCAGACUGGCUGAGGUGGGGAGGCUGGCUGAUCGCACUGGUGGGAGGGUCAAUAUAGUCAACAUCAACAAUGUGUCCUCCGAGAUUCAGUCUGUUCUAGAAGACAACGUUAUUGCCACCAAUGUGAAGGCCACUUUUCUGAUUGCAGAAGGCAUGUACUUUAAGUAUGAGGACCAUUCCCACCACAGGCUGGUGAAGGAGAUUGGGAAUGUGACUGAAGACCUGGAGAUCACCUUUCAGUUUGGGAUAAAGGAGUCCAGUCUGCAGAAUUUCCUUGAAAGGGAUAAAGUUCCCUUUCAGCUGCAGCUCGACUUCAAGACCCGCGACCUGCAGAGAGCCACUCGGAUCCUCAGCCUGGAGAAGAGCGUGGCCCCCGACAGCUCUCUUGUGAAGGACAGUCUGAAUGUGGCAGUGCUGGGGGUGCACUGUGCCCAGCUGACUGCCCGACUAACCAUGGACGGCCGUGUGAGGGAGGCACACAAGGAGGUGCUGGCACAGAGAGAACUGCUUCAGGACAUGGGAGAGAGGAAUCAGGAGGAGGAUGUCUAUGAGAACUGGAUCCACACCAUGGCAGUGAUCUGUGAUGACCUCAGCAGCACCCCCCAGAGCCAAUCCAGAGAAGGGGAGAAGAAAAGUCUGGGUUCGACCAUGAAGGUGCUGUCGGAUGAGGUAGCGAACGUGGUUUAUCGAUUCAAGAGAGCGAACAGCAUCAUGCUGAAGAAGAAGGGCCAGUGACUGUUCACUGCCCUGACCCCUGGGGCAAUACUGCAGGACUCUUUACAUGCAUCAUUACUGCACUGGCAUUGUCUCUGGCAGGCUGUGAUUGGUUCCUGCUGGUACCAUGAAUACACUGAAGCUUCAUUUCUGCAGCUGCUGCUUAAAUUUUCCGAUAACUCAGGGUGACAUGAGCAUGCACUGAAGGCUUUAUUACCUGUUUAAUGAAUGUGUUUCAUUUUAAUGCUGAAUACACCAUGAUGAAAAUUCCUGAGAAUCCUACAUUUUUAUUAUUUUAAAUAAACGCCACUGAUCCCAAA